AUGUAUACUAGAGCAAUAAAGAGGAACCAGAGAUGGGGUUUGGUAUUACAGCAAGCCAAAUACUUAGUUAGGCCAGGCAUACGCGAUUACACAGUGUCUAGAUCUUAUGGACUCACAAAUAAUCUGACCAAUAAUGCAAAUUUUACAAGAGGAUUCCUCCUCCCUUCGUUUUCUCGUAGUAUUGCCUCGAGAAAUAGUUUAAGAUUCUCGGAGAACAUUCAGCUGCGUAGUUUUAGCUCUGAAGGGAGUGACAUAGGUGAUGGAAAAACCGCAAAGGAGAAAAAUAGUUGCGGUGUUGAUUCACAUGCUCAACUCGGAGAGCAGGAUCAAAUAGAAUGGCUUCAUAACGAGAAGCUUACUAGUGAAUGCAAAAAGAAGGAGUCACCUCUGCUUAGUAGACGAGAAAGAUUCAAAAACGAGUUUGUAAGGAGAGUCCAACCUUGGGAGAAGAUACAGCUUUCGUGGGAGACAUUCCCUUACUAUAUCCACGACCACACGAAAAAUAUUUUGGUGGAAUGUGUUACUUCACAUAUAAGACAAAAGAAUGCUGCUUCAGUGUAUGGUGCCCGUUUAGAUUCUUCAAGUGGUAGAAUAUUGCUCCAGGGCCUUCCAGGCACUGACCUUUACCAGGAGAGGCUGGUACGAGCACUUGCUCGAGAUGUACAAGUUCCCCUGUUGGUUCUUGAUAGCAGCGUUCUUGCCCCUUAUGAUUUUUCUGAUGAGUACAAUGAUGACUCUGAAUCUGAUGGUGAGAACGCAGAAGCUGAAGCAGAUGAGGGCACGACAGAGUCUGAAGCUGAGGAAGAUUCUGGAGCGAAUAGUGAGGAGGAUUCUGAAGCGAAAACAGAUGGGAGUGACAAUGAGGAAGCUCGUCUAGAGGUUACUGAGGAAGAUAUCAAGAAAAUUGUGCCAAAACUUGAGGAGCUCGGAGAGCUAGUAGCGGAAGAACUACAUGAAGCUGGUGGAGCUUGCGAAGCGGCAGCUGUUGAACCUUCUGAUAAAGCUAGGCGACCGGCAAGGAAAGGAGAUCGAGUCAAAUAUGUUGGGCCUUCUAAAAAGGGUGAUGCAAAGCACAGGUAUGGAUACCCUAUAUUUUUCUUCAAGCAAAAUUUAUAUACCUGCAGGCCAUUAUCUACCGGACAGCGUGGGGAGAUCUUUGAGGUGAAUGGGAACCGAGUUGCGGUCGUAUUUGACAGUGAAGGUGAUACAUCAUCAGAGGGAAGCGAGAAGAAACCAAAAAAGCAGUCCCAGAAGCCCAAUAUACACUGGAUAGAUGUUAAAGACCUGAAGCACGAUUUGGAUAUGCAGGCAGAAGAUGGUUACAUUGCCCUGAAGGCUUUAAGUGAGGUUUUGCAAUCAACACAACCACUUAUUGUCUAUUUUCCAGACUCGUCCCGGUGGUUGUCUAGAGCUGUACCUAAGGCAAAACGAAAUGACUUUGUAGACAAAGUUGAGGAAAUGUUCGAUAAAGUGUCAGGUCCUGUUGUAAUGAUCUGCGGACGGAACAAGAUUGACACAGCCUCCAAAGGGAGAGAAAAAUUCACGAUGAUACUCCCAAACUUUGGCCGCAUUGCGAAGCUGCCCCUUCCUCUGAAGCAUCUCACUGAGGGGCUUAGCGGAAGGAAAAGUUCAGAUGAUAAUGAGAUAUACAAACUAUUCACUAAUGUUAUGAACCUUCUUCCUCCGAAGGAGGAAGAUAUUCUUACAGUAUUCAACAAACAACUUGUAGAAGAUAAAAGAAUUGUGGUAUCACGGAGCAAUUUAAAUGAGAUACUUAAGGCUCUUGAGGAAAACGAGUUAUUAUGCACAGACUUGUACCAAGUGAACACCGAUGACGUGAUAUUGACAAAACAAAGGGCAGAGAAAGUUGUUGGCUGGGCCAGAAACCACUAUUUAUCUUCUUGUCUGAAACCAUCUAUUAAGGAUGACCGCCUGAUUCUACCUCGUGAAAGCAUUGAGAUUUCAGUUAAAAGGUUGAAAGCACAAGAAGACAUCUCUCGGAAGCCUUCACAUAGCUUGAAGAACAUAGCAAAGGAUGAGUUUGAAAGCAAUUUUGUCUCAGCUGUAGUUGCUCCUGAAGAAAUAGGUGUCAAGUUUGACGACGUUGGUGCUCUCGAGCAUGUGAAGAAGACAUUGAAUGAGUUGGUUAUUCUUCCCAUGAGAAGACCAGAGCUCUUCACCCGUGGCAAUCUCUUGCGGCCGUGUAAAGGCAUAUUGCUUUUUGGUCCUCCUGGUACUGGUAAAACGCUACUUGCCAAGGCUCUUGCUACAGAAGCUGGUGCAAACUUCAUUAGCAUAACUGGCUCAUCACUUACAUCAAAGUGGUUUGGAGAUGCAGAGAAGCUCACUAAAGCUUUGUUCUCCUUCGCAAGUAAACUUGCGCCUGUGAUUAUUUUUGUCGAUGAGGUAGACAGUCUAUUGGGAGCUCGUGGUGGUUCUCACGAGCAUGAGGCAACAAGAAGAAUGAGAAAUGAGUUCAUGGCAGCUUGGGAUGGGCUCAGGUCAAAAGAUAGCCAAAGGAUACUCAUACUCGGUGCCACCAACCGACCUUUUGAUCUUGAUGACGCUGUCAUUCGCCGUCUACCAAGAAGGAUAUAUGUGGAUUUACCAGAUGCAGAGAACCGGUUGAAGAUUUUAAAGAUAUUUCUGACUCCAGAAAAUCUUGAAACCGGUUUUGAGUUUGAGAAACUUGCAAAAGAGACUGAAGGAUAUUCAGGAAGCGAUCUAAAGAAUCUAUGCAUAGCUGCUGCGUAUAGACCUGUUCAAGAAUUGUUACAGGAAGAAAACAAGGGUUCGGUAGCAAAUGGUGCAUCUCCUGAUCUACGGCCUCUGAGUUUGGACGACUUCAUUCAAUCUAAAGCUAAGGUAAGUCCGUCUGUGUCAUAUGAUGCAACGACGAUGAACGAACUGAGAAAAUGGAACGAGCAGUACGGUGAAGGUGGUAGCCGGACCAAAUCUCCUUUUGGUUUCUAA